GAAAAUGCUUGUACUUGUUCCCUCUCCUUAAAUUCAGCUUUUUCCGACACUUUUCACUUUUUGUCGCGCUCUCUCCCUCUUCUCAUAACCAAAAAGCUUAAUUACAUCACCCUCUUUGCAUCAUACUCCCUUCUUUCGAUUUAAACUCUUCCCUAUCUCAUUCAUACUCGACUGAACUUCUACCCACCAAAAAAGGAACAAUAUUGGGUUAUCUUUUCAUAUAAAAUCUUCAGUUUGUUAUGAGAAGGAAGUAGACUGAAGAUUAAUGUUUCUAUGAAGACUUUUAAAUCAUGGAGAUGGCUGCCUAGAAAGAAGACUGCUUUAUCUGAUGGGGGGCCACAUGGAGCACAUGGAUUCAGGAUGAGACAACUAGCUUUCAUGGGAUUUGUAUGUGUAGCGAUGAUGUUCAUUGUGUACAGAACUACAAACUGUCAGUAUCGACAGACAGAGAUAGAUGCUAGAAGGCAUCCAUUUGAUUACACAGAUAGCACAAAGACAAUAGAGUUGGACAAUUUACCUCGAGGCAUAGUUCAAGCAAGAUCAGAUAUGGAGUUGAAACCCUUGUGGUCUCUUUCAAAGCCAAAGGUUGAUGGUUCCAGUAGUCAUAACUUACUUGCAAUUGCUGCUGGUAUUAAGCAGAAGCAUAAUGUUGAUUCUAUAGUUCAGAAGUUUGUUGCAGAAAAUUUUACUGUUAUACUUUUUCAUUAUGAUGGCAACAUGAACAAUUGGUGGGAUUUAGAUUGGAGUAACAAGGCCAUUCAUAUAGCAGCACAUAAUCAAACAAAAUGGUGGUUCGCAAAACGUUUCCUACAUCCAGAUGUUGUUUCUAUUUAUGACUACAUAUUUUUAUGGGAUGAAGACUUGGGAGUGCAGCACUUUCAUCCGAAAAGUUACUUGCAAAUUGUAAAAUCCGAGAGAUUUGAGAUAUCUCAGCCAGCUCUGGACUCCAACUCGAGUGAGAUACAUCAUCGUAUUACGAUUCGUAAAAAAGCUAAAAGGUUCCAUAGGAGAAUAUAUGAUUCAAGAGGUUUUACAAAAUGUACGAGUUCUAGCACCGGGCCCCCAUGCAUUGGGUGGGUGGAAGGCAUGGCCCCUGUUUUUUCGAGGUCAGCUUGGCGUUGUACUUGGCAUCUUAUGCAGAAUGAUCUCGUUCAUGGCUGGGGAUUGGAUAUGAAGCUCGGUUAUUGUGCGCAGGGUGACAGGACAAAGAAGGUAGGCAUCAUCGACAGUGAAUAUGUUGUUCAUCAAGGCAUACAAACUCUAGGUGGUUCAUCGGCUAAAAAGGUGCAAAAAUCCGAACGCCCCACAAAAGUAAAGAAGAAACAUCAAGGCUUGGAUACGCGUGACCAUAUCCGCAGGCAAUCAACACUCGAGCUCGAAAUAUUUAAAGAGCGGUGGGAAAAAGCAGCCAAGGACGAUACGAGUUGGGUGGAUCUGUAUCCGAAAAGUAGUAAAUGGUUGGACGUGUUCUCUAGAAGUAAAAAGUCGAGAGGGAAAAGAAGUUGGUAGCAUAAUUCUUGUAUCGGCUGUGAAUAACGAGUUUUUCGACAUAGAUGCUAAUUGAUAUAGACGUUCCGAGGAGAUCGGUCACCUUAGUGGUUCAUGUAUUUAUAGAUUCGUUCGAGGAUACAGAAUUCUCAUUUAUAAUGCAUUUUUUUUGGGUAUUUACAGGAUCUCAUAAAUUAAUUCAUUUAUUUUAGUUGAUAUAUGGACUUGAUAAUUCUAUUUUGCUUUCCUGGA